GGCGAUGGAGCGGCUGGAGCGCGCCGGGCGCUGGCUGCGGGCCGCGCUGGCCACCGGGCGAGUGCGGCACCGCCUGCACUGGCUGCUGCUCGCCAUCGUCCUCGUCGGCUCCGCCCUCAAGGACGGCGACCUGGUGCCCGAGACGCCCCUGGGGAACAAGCGCAACCCGCUCAACGUAUACUUUGUGAAGGUGGCUUGGGCAUGGACGUUCUGGCUUCUGCUGCCCUUCAUCACCCUCACUGCCUACCAGUUUGCCAAGAGCAAGCUCCUGUACAGCCCUGCGAGGCGCGUUGUGUCGGUGCUGCGGCGGCUGGGCACGCUGCUGGUGGGCACCGCCAUCUGGUACUGCUGCACCAGCCUCUUCCUCUACAUCGAGAACCUCACUGGGACAUGUUCUGCCGCGGGGAAAGUGGGCGAGCCCCGGCGCCUGUACGCCACCAAGCAGGAGUGUCGGCGGGACAGCGGGAGCUGGAAUGGGUUUGAUAUCUCGGGGCAUUGUUUUCUGCUCUCGUACUGCGCCAUGAUGAUUGUGGAGGAGGUGGCUGUGCUGGAAGGCUUGUCCAUAGACCAGAACUCAAAGCUGCGUGUCGUGAUCAACGGCCUGUUUGUUUCCUUGUGUUUUCUCGCCGGGAUCUGGGUGUUCAUGUUUCUCUGUACUGCCCUGUAUUUCCAUGACUUCAGUCAAAAGCUUAUCGGUGUGGUGAUAGGUCUGUCAGCUUGGUAUGGAACAUACAGAGUUUGGUACUUGAAACCAAUUUCUCCUGGACUACCUCUUCCAAAUGUGCCUUUGAGUUCAAAGAAGUACAGUUAUAGCAGAUAAGUUUUUAAAACGUUUGGAUUUUGCCUUCGGUACUGGAGUAGUUGACUGUAGGAAUGGUGACUUGUACACUGUAAGGAUCAGAAGUAGGAUCUGGUCCUCUUACUAAUAAAUGGAGGAGCAGAUCCAAGGCUGACAGGGGCCUUUGCUCGUUAAGAGCUUGACUGAUCUCAAAUGAAUUCUCUCUCUUUAUUUUUUGAUUUAUUUAUGUUAAAAUACCAUGGAUGAUCCAAUACUGUUUAUUUUUUUAGUGUUCCUGUUUGUGUUGCCUUAUGGGAAAGCUCUAUAAUGGCAGUGCUGCCAAGUGUUGCAAAAGUACCCAUACUCAUCACAACAGGAUAGAGCUCUGCUCUGAAGGUAGAACCUCUCAUGUCAGCAAGUGUUGCAUACACUAACUUGCCACAACUGUCUGCACCUUCUGCAACAGAGAGAGUAAGUCUGAGAUGUAAUGUCUGAAGCAGACCGUGACUUUAAAUUGAUGCCUGCUUUUGAAAAGGAAGCUCUUGAAAAAGAAGCCUUAACCUUCUCCUUAGGUGAAGUACUUCUAAUAAUACUUCGUGAUUUUAUUCUUGGCAGGAAAAAACACACCUACUUCCGGUUUUGUUAAAGAGUCUCAAUAUGAUAAUUGGAGGUUUUUGUUUUUUUAAUCUGAUGAGGUGCCAACUUUGCAAAAACAAGUACUUUAUGGUAUGUUUCUUCUAGAGGAAGAAUGAAAUUCUCAUGUUAUGAACAAGUUAGCAUAACCUGCUGUUGCCCCAGGAGUCUACUUAGUAAGGAGUGAAAUGUGUUUUUUAAUCUGAAGAGCUGCAAAGCAGUGUGCUUGAAGCAAUAUUUAUCCUUACUUAUCCAGCCAUAUCAAUAAGCUACUUAAUUUUGGUUGCACAUGAAGCUGUGGCUACUUCUGAUGUGGCUGGAAACUCACUACUGAAUAAAACACUACUAUUUUGAGUGAGCAGAUACGAGGUGGGAUGGGUUUACUCGUUAGCCAGUCAGGCAUUUAGCGUAGAUGGUAUCUUGAAAAGCUUUUUAUUGUUUUAUAAAGGUUUAUUCAUGAUGCACUUGCACAAAGUUUAUUUGAUAGUUGUAGGAAUGAGUCUGACAGCCUGAAAGGUCUGUGGGCAAAGCUGUUCUGAGAGCAGACUCCAUCUGUCCGUCACGUUUGACUCCUCCAAGGUGAUUGUUUAGCUGAAUAUAGGGUAUGAUGCGCUGCAGUCUAAUCUUGGCACGUUUCUUUUUGCCAUGUUCACAGCUCUCUUCCAGUAAGAGAGCAGUAGCAUUUGCAAUAGAUACAGCAGUAUUAAUUCCAUGCUUGUGUUCUGCCUCUGAGGAGAGCUGAAUUUGCCUGAAUUUCCACUGGAUUCAAUGGCCAGUGGGAGCUGCUGUCCAUCCGUAGAAAGUACAGAUCACUUCUUAGAGAGAAGCUCUUUCAGGAGGUUAUGUAUCUUCUGUUGAGCUCCUCCUUUUUGCUUCUGCAUUAAACUGCCUUUUAAGCUGACUCUGGAAAAUCUGCACUGAUUAACUCAUACUGGAUUUAACUGAAUGUGUUUCAAGAAUGCAAAUUCAUUUGCAGACUCUUUCUGAUGGAGUGUAAGCCUGCUCCCAAUAGAAUGAAGCUAGACCACAAGCCACUUUCACCAUGAAAAAGGAUUAUAUACCCAGAAGGUUUUCUGAUUAAUAUAAUUGAAGUUUCUAUUUUAGGUUAUCUUUAUGGAACUUUGCUGUAUAGAUAAAGCCUUGGAACAGGAAAUGCUCUUUAUUUAAACUGAGUUGCUGAUUUGUGCCAUCACUAUAUGGAUUUUUCUAUCCACUUCUAACCAGUGUCAUAUGGACUUGUUUUUAAGAACAUUAUGUGGGAUAUGGUUCUCAAAAGUUUUAUUUAAACAUUGAAAGAAAAACACUUAAAAACUUUA